GGCUGUUGUGCACUCUGCCAAAGGGGAGGGAUCCACGGCCGAAAAGGCAGUGAGUGGCAGGCCACAGAGACACACACAUCCUGUGGGUCCCCAGUAGAGAUGGAACAGAAGACCGAAAGACCAAUUGACAAGGAGACUGGGGCAAAGAAACAAGAGGGGCAGUUAGUAUAAGACCAAAGGAGACCCUAAGACAAAGAAGCAGAAGAGGGCAGGAAGGAGAAAGACUGUCAGAAGGAAAGAAACUGGAGGGAGAAAGAAGAGCUACAGAAAGCCCAGAAGCCCAGAGGGUGGAGUGGGCUUCAUCCCUGCACUGCAGGGUCUAAAAGUGAUCCCCGGAAAACCACCUGAGCCUAUAAUGUCUUUCCUGACACUUGUACUCCUGGCCUUUGGAUCAGGGCAGGCACAGGAAGGGACAGAGCCUGUCCUGUUGGAAGGAGAGUGCCUUGUGGUAUGUGAACCUGGCCGGGCAACCACAGGAGCUCCAGGUGGGGCAGCCCUGGGAGAGGCUCCCCCGGGGCGGGUGGCCUUUGCUGCUGUCCGAAGUCACCAUCAUGAACCAGCUGGAGAAACAGGCAAUGGUACCAGUGGUGCCAUCUACUUUGACCAGGUCCUGGUAAAUGAAGGCAAUGGCUUUGACAGGGCCUCAGGCUCCUUUAUUGCCCCUGUCCGGGGCGUCUACAGUUUCCGGUUUCAUGUGGUGAAGGUCUACAACCGCCAGACAGUCCAGGUAAGCCUGAUGCUGAAUACAUGGCCUGUGAUUUCAGCUUUUGCCAAUGAUCCUGAUGUGACCCGAGAGGCAGCCACCAGUUCUGUGCUCCUACCCCUGGACCCUGGGGACCGCGUGUCCCUCCGUCUUCGACGAGGGAACCUGCUUGGUGGCUGGAAGUUCUCCAGCUUCUCUGGCUUUCUGAUCUUUCCUCUCUAAGGAAAAGAAGGACCACCCUCUUCUCUUGCUACCUUCCCCCACCCCACUCAACCCCUCCACACCCAGACUUCCUUCACUUCCUUUCCCAUUCCUCUUGAAUGCAGGAAUGCCUAGGGAUUUUCUUCUGAGGGAGGGACUUCAGUCAGCCCCUGGCCUCCCACUUUCAUUCAUUUCCACUCCAGCGAUACUGUCCCUGGAGAGGGAGUAUGGCCAUACUGGCUACACCCCCCUGCCCAUACUGGUCUGAGAAGAGCUAAUCCUUUAGAUAAGGACACUCUCUUUUCCCAAAAUUGUCAUCAUACUAAAAAAAUCCAGGAUGUAAUAGCUGACAUACUUAUAUUCUAUUCUUCUGCAUGGGCACAAGUGCCAAACCCUCCAUAAUAAAGAACUGAGUCAACUGUG